AUGCAAAUAACGUACUCGUUACUUAUACUGCAUUUGUAUUGGUCUGUCAGUGGAUUGAAAUUACCGCAAGAUGAACCGGAACAUAAUAAUGAGCAGCUAAUAACAACCGGCGACAGUUUAGAAAAUAACCGUACCAGUUUCAAGGAAAAUAUCGAGAAACGGAAUAACACGAUUCGAUCGAACACAUCGACGUUCCAUUGGGAUGACUUCGUAGACGUGUGGAAUCCUCAGAAAGUUGCAAGAUUUUGGCAAGCCGAUGCUAGGGGAUCUCUGAAUAUUUCCACCAGCUGCGAACGAGAUUUCACGGAUUAUAUGGCGGGAGUGUGGACGGAGCAACAAUGGGCAAUGAAAACAUUUCGUUGGUAUUUACAUUGCGUCCGCGUAGAAUUGGUCGACGCAACCGGCAGGCACAGCUGGGGAUUAUUCUCUGAAAAUAUAUUCUGGUUGGGUUCCCUGGACCAAUGUCGCGAGAUGAGGACCGAAUUCCUCGACAGGCAGAAAUCCGACGUCGAGAAUAAUAACAAAGAUGUACCACCGUUUUUAGUCAACGUCGCGUCCGUCACCUUUACCCUGAAUCCUUUGCACGCGGAACUGAAUAAGACUUUCAGAAUCAUUCUCGGACUCUGCCUGCCGAAUUCCUGCGACACGGAGGACGUCCGGGAGCUGUUCCUCUUCGCCGAGGACUUCCGGAAGAACGGCACGUCCGCGGAAAUAGUCAUCGAAGGCGUUAGAAAUCUUUCGAAGGGUUACUCCGUCUGGGACGAUCCUAUUUUUUACGCUCUACUGAUUACGUUCACCGUGGUCGCUGUUCUGACGUGUCUGGGUACUUUCUACGACAUUACUCUGAGGUACAAAAUAUUACAUUCGAAGAGGUACAACAGCAAUGACGCCCGGGACACGGCGACGGAGCUGAAGAUCAUGCACACCGACCGGAUCAUGGAUGACAAGAUUACGAUCACCAAGCUGUGGUCGGUGAAGGAACACAACAGCGCUAUAGACGUGAGAAACUCGGGCAGCUCCCCGAAACCGUUGUCGGAAGCGUUGUUGUCGUUCAGCCUGUUGCUGAAUCUGUCGAAGAUCUGCAGCCUCGAGGUCGGCGACGACACUCUGGCUCCCAUCCACGGUCUGCGAUUCAUUUCCAUGUUGUGGAUCAUGUUGAUUCACACCUGCCUCACGGUGAACGUGGUAUCCGAGGCGAAAUCGUUCAAGUCCAACGCGGAGAAAGACUUCUUCUAUCAGACGAUCAGCAACGGCACUUACGGCGUGGACACCUUUUUCUUCAUGAGCGGAUGCCUGGUCUCGUUCCUCUACUUCCGCACGAUCACGAAGAACGCUAUGCGGAAGAUGAAACUGAUCAAAAACUUCUGCGGCCAGAUCCUCCAGUUUGUGGGGAUAGUGAUGUACCGGUACUUCCGGUUGACUCCGCCCUAUCUUCUCGCGAUCGGCCUGAUCGUGGUGUCGUCGUCCUGGUACCACGACCACACUAUACUCGACCUGUACGCGUACGAUCACCAAAACUGCAGGAAAUUCUGGUGGAGGAACGUUCUCUACGUGAACACGUACUUCGCCAUGGGUGAACGAUGCAUGAUAUGGAGCUGGUACUUAGCCAACGACACUUUAUUCUACAUCAUCGGAACGAUCAUCAUCAUAGUUGCGAGAAGGUACCUUUCGGUUGCAGCUUUCAUGACGAUCUUCAUCCUGGUUACAUCCUGGAUCAUCACGGCGAUCAUCGCGUUGCGCACGCACCAUGUGCCGAGCGCCCAGGAUCCGUUCGCUCAUUACGAGAGCCUCUACGACAAACCGUGGUCCAGGAUUGGCCCGUACCUUCUCGGCAUGAUGUCCGGCUGGUACCUGCACAAGAUAAAUUGUAGUUUGAGGAUACACAAGACGAUCGCGCUGAUCUGCUGGUUCAUCUCUUUCGUCGUGAUGCUGAGCAUAGUGUACGGGCUGUACGGAACAGCUCCCGGACCAUUCAUGUCCGUCGCGUACACUGUGUUCUCGCAUUCCGGAUGGGCGGUUGCGAUCGGCUGGGUCUUGAUCGCUUGCGUUACCGGCAAUGGCGGGAUUAUAAAUAGAAUACUGUCCUGGAAGUACCUGUACCCACUGUCCAGGGUGAGUUACUGCGCCUAUCUGAUACAUCCUCUGGUGAUGCGAGCGGUGGUCCAGAAAGGAGAGAGUUCGAUGCACUUGACUCUGGGAAUGAUGGUGAUCCUGUUCUUGGGAUUCACGGUCUCGUGCUACGUCGUGUCGUUCGUUAUCAGUCUGCUCUUCGAAGCGCCCAUGGUAUCUUUACUGAGGAUCUGCCAUCCAAUGCGAGCUUGGAAGAAGUAGAAAGACGUCUAGUUUCAACUCGCGCGUAACCAAGUAACGAUCGUUCCACCUUCGCAGGACUGUCCCGUACAAAACAGGCGCAACAAUGUUGCGUAAACCACAUUCGAUGAGAAAUAAGAAAACGAUGGACCUGUCAUCUGCCGAGUCAUCCCGAAGCAACUUCCCAAACAGACGCCGAGCUUGCGGAGGAAGAUACAAUUCCGGAUGAAAAAGGAGAAAGAAGCGAGUUUCGGUAAUCGGUCGCCUAAAACGCAGGAGUUCACACAAGCAAACACGGAAUACGAACGCAACGAACGGCUUCAAGGAAAACUUGUCCAGCGUUCAAACAGUAUCCAUAAAUUUAUGCAUGAGCGAUUAAUUCAAAUGGCCGAUCCGCCUCGCGAUAAGCGCGAGCCGUAGUUUCGGAAACGAAAUGGGAACGGUGCCCUUGAGACU